AUGGCAAAGACGACUGCGAAACCCAACAUGGUCUCUUUUGACGCAAAGCCAUAUGCCUUUUCUUUUCCCCUGGAUCACACUGCAUUGCUCAUUAUAGACAUGCAGCGCGACUUCCUACUCCCUCAAGGAUUCGGUGAGAUCCAGGGUGGAAAUUUGGAAGCAGUUCAAGCUUCCAUUGCGCCCACCAAACGACUCCUGGACGCAUGUCGAAGCGCAGGCUUGACUAUUGUUCAUACACGCGAAGGCCACAAACCGGACCUCUCAGACUGCCCUUCAUCAAAGCUCACCAGGCAAGAAGCAGCUCCUGGUAACACCCAGCACAAAUUAGUCAUUGGCGACAAGGGGGAGCUGGGUCGCCUGUUGACCAGAGGAGAAUACGGCCACGACAUUAUCGAUGAAUUGAGGCCGCUGCCUGGUGAGGUAGUUGUAGACAAGCCCGGAAAAGGCUCGUUCUGGAACACGUCCAUCCUACAUCAGCUCAAAGCGCGAGCCAUCACACAUUUGAUUGUAUCGGGCGUCACUACAGAAUGCUGCUUCGCUACAACCAUUCGAGAAGCAAACGACCGCGGCUUCGAAUGCUGUGGCAUCGAAGAAGCAACCAGUGGAUACAACGAUGCAUGCUUUAAGAAGCCAACAUUAGACAUGAUCCACUGGUCACAAGGCCUCUUUGGCUUCAUCGGCAGCCUACAACCCCUCGUUGAGGCUCUUGAGCCUUUCUCCACAAAGCAGAUUCAACUCGCCUCUACGCCUCCUCAAACACCACCUGAAUUUGAUGGCGACCUCACAAUAUCCAGUCUACAACGAGCCUACAGGAACGGUCUUUCCCCUCUGACCGUCAUCGAAGCAGUCUACAGUAAAAUUGAAGCAUACAAAAAAAUCGACCCAGCAGUAUGGAUCCAUCUCCAACCACUUGAAUCCGCUCUAGAAGCCGCUCGAGACCUAAUCACAAAGUUCCCCGACCGAACUGCUCUCCCCCCUCUCUUCGGCAUCCCCUUCAGCGUCAAAGACAGCAUCGACAUUGCAGGCCUCCCCACCACAACCGCCUGCCCACCCCUCGCCCACAUCCCCUCCACCUCUGCCGUCGUCUAUGAAAAAGUCAUUUCCCAAGGCGCAAUCUUCAUCGGCAAAACAAACCUCGACCAGCUCGCUACAGGCCUAGUCGGCUGCCGCAGUCCCUACGGCACCCCCCACUCCGUCUACCACCCCUCCUACAUAAGCGGCGGCUCCAGCAGCGGCAGCGCCGUCUCCGUAGCCGCAAACAUUGUCUCCUUCUCCCUCGCCACCGACACCGCAGGUUCCGGGCGCGUGCCCGCGGGUCUAAACGGCAUCGUCGGCUUCAAACCCACACGAGGUACCAUCUCCUUCCGCGGCAUAACGCCCGCCUGCCUAUCCCUCGACUGCGUCGCCCUCGCUACAAAAACCAUCCCAGACGCCCGCACGCUCUGGCAGAUUUUGGAAAGCUACGACCCUCUAGAUCCCUACUCCAAACCAGCACUAGCCUUUGAACGCCACAUCAACAGCAUCGGCCCCCAAUCUUCAACCUUCAAAUUCGGCAUCCCGCCACAGGAGGCGCUGGGUGUUUGCUCCGCUCCAACCCGCCGUCUGUUCAACGCCACGGUGUCGAAACUCCAAGCCCUCGGCGGCGUUCUAACACCGAUCAAUUGGUCCCCCUUCCACAAAGCAGGGGAGCUGCUGUACGAAGGCACUUUUGUAUCCGAGCGCCUCGCCUCUCUCCCUGAUGACUUUCUCGACAAAAACCGCGGGGGAUUGCAUCCCGUGACGGCGCAGCUGAUGGAUGCGGUACUGCAGAGAAAGAGCUCGGCGGUAGACGCGUAUCGUGAUUUACAAGCCAAAGCGCUGUAUACGCGCCAGGCAGAGGACGUGUUUGCGUAUUCGGCGCACGGAAUAGAUGUGCUUGUUGUGCCGACGACGCCGACGCAUUGGCGGAUCGACGAGGUGCUGCAGGAUCCGAUUAGGAAGAAUAGCGCGCUGGGUGAGUUUACGCAUUGUGGGAAUGUGUUGGAUUUGUGUGGGGUUGCGGUGCCGGCGGGGGAGUAUCCGGUUAGGGAGUUGAGCGGGCGGGAGGAGGAUGAGGGUAUUUUGCCGUUUAGUGUGACCUUCUUGAGUGGAUCGAGGUUGGAUGCUGAGAUGUUGGAGAUUGCGAGGCGGUUUGAAGAGAGUGUGCGUGGGUAGGAAUUUGGCAAUAUCAGUAUUCA